UGAAUUUGUUACGAAGACAGCCAUUUUGCGUGGUGGAUAACGAAACACAUACACUUCCAAUGAAAUUUGCCGAACAACUUCUUGCACACGAUAGUGCUUGUCAGUUGGAAUCAAGUACAGCGGCUUUCAGCAGCUCUUCACCGAUUGGGUUAAAAAAUAGCUUACGUGCGCUAGCUUCAAUUUCUUGUUGAUCUUCAGCAUCUUAAAACAAAAAAAAACAAAUCAAAAUGUUCGUAUCAACAGUCUCCCGUAUUGCCCCCGUUGCCAGGACCGCUCUCCUCAGCGGCUCCAAGCAAUACUUGCGACCAUUGAGCAGCGCAGUCAUUAGCCAAAGCCAAACCUUGGCCUCUCAGAACACAACCCCAGUUGCUUUACUGCCACAAAUCAGGUCAUUCCAGACCUCCCCUGUCACACGUGACAUCGAUUCAGCUGCCAAAUUCAUUGGUGCUGGUGCUGCAACAGUCGGUGUAGCUGGUUCCGGUGCCGGUAUCGGAACAGUAUUCGGUUCCCUCAUUAUUGGUUAUGCCAGAAACCCAUCUUUGAAACAGCAAUUGUUCUCCUACGCUAUCUUGGGUUUUGCCCUUUCUGAAGCUAUGGGUCUUUUCUGUCUUAUGAUGGCCUUCUUGCUCCUCUUCGCUUUCUAAAAAGUGUAUUUGUGUCCUAAGAAGACUUUAAAUCUUAAAAUUAUUAAACAAACAAAAAUAAUAACAUCUGUACCACAACAACAAACACAGCUCCAUCAUCUUUAUUGUUUUUAAAAAACAUCCAAGAGUAAUAAAAAGCAACACUUUUAUUUAAGUUUAAAACGGAAAUAAAACAAAAAUUCGAUAACAAAAAACAAAAAUCACCGAAGAAAAACUAUUUCAAAUUUCUCUACAAAAAGAAUAUUAUAAAAAAAUUGUUCAUUUAUUAUGAAUGAAUAACUUUUUUGGAAUAUGAUCCGUCUAUGGAAACAUUGCAUUUGUUGUAUAUGUGACGGAUUAGGCGUUACAUAAACUACGGAAGAGGAGCCAUUUUUCUAUUUCUUUUAAAAAGAAUAGUCUUCUAUGAAAUGUCUUACUGGUAAUAUUCAAGACUUGGCGCGCUCUCAUACAAAUUUAUGAAAAAAAAAGAUUUGAAGUUAUCUGGUGACAAAUGAAAAACAACAUCCACAAUCAUUUUGUUACGUUUAGACAUUUCUCAGGAAACAUUUCUUAAUAAUUUAUUCUUUUUCUUUCGAUUUAUUUGAAAUAUUUUUUUUUAGUUACGUUCGUUUCGUAUUUAGUUAACACCGCUUUUUAUAUUCUACGAAAUAUAAAAAAUAAAAAACGAAAAAUACUAGCCAACAAAAUAUAUCUCUUCGCUAAAACUUUCGCUGUCAUGUUUAAUAGAAAUUGAUUUAAAAUAUUUUAAUCUUUUCAUACAUGAAAUUGGAAGAAAAUAAAAACUACAUUCACUGCUGUACAAAUAUAAGUGUUUUGAGAAUGAACAAAGAACGAAUAAAAUUCAAGGAUUUCGUGAACUGAAAACCAA